AUGGAGGCUUUUUAAUUAAAAUUAUAACGAAUGAAAAAUUACAAAUAACAACUUUAAUACUUAUUGUAAAAACCCAUUGCAAGUCCGCAAUUCAGGUAGAUAUUUCUCGAAUGCGAUCAAUACCAGAUGAUAGUUUAAGUACUCAUAGAAGCCAAAUCGGAUAAAAUUAGUGUGGUCAAAGAACAAUUGAAAUUGUUCGGAUUAUUGGCUGAAUGUGCCAAUGAAAACUUGAGUCCUCAAUUACCCAUGAUCUUCACCCAUCUAUUGAAGAGAAUCAAGGACUUCGAAUCGAUGAGUUGCGUGUGUGCCCAAGUGGCUGAAAUUAUAGGGAAAAUAGUUAAGCUCUGUUGUUUCGACGGAGACGUUCUCAAUAGCAUUCUGAAACCACUCAUGAACCAUCUAAAUUAGAAUGCGUAACACGCCCUCUGUUUGACACGAGUAGUCUAAUUCUUGUCCUUCGAAAUCCUAGAACAAAAUGCCUUGUUCCUCUUUCGGAAAUUCAUCUCAUUGUUGAAUCAACAAAAUGGGAAAGUGGAGAUCCUGGAAGGAAUGGCUGCAAUCAUCUUGAGUGUGGAAGAAUAAUCAGAUAUUUUUGCCGAUGAAAUCAUCCCUCAUUUGCAAUAGUUGCUGUCAAAUCAAUAAUGGCAAGUGAAGAAGAUGGCGUUAGACAUAUUGUACUCCCUGGUGGUGCUAUAAAAAGAGAAAAUUCAGGAACAUUCGUACUUUAAGGAAUUAAUGUAUGAAUUAAAAUCAAAUAAGAUAAAACAAGUAAGAGAUUCAGCCAACUUAAUAUUGGAUGUAUUGUAACAGAAUAAUUCACAAUCGUAACAAUAAUCAUAACAAUAACAAAAUAAUUUAUAGUAAUUGGAUAAGUAAGUUACUUCUGUAGAAAGACAAUAGAAUUAUGGAAGUUAACUAAAGUCAUCGUCGUAACCUCAAUUGUUCAUUAAUACAACAAAUAAGUAAUCCAACUCUAAUACGGCAAUACCCCAGUAGCCACAAACUCCUUCUUAGCAACAAAUUAAUAGGUUGUCUUAAACACCUGCUUAGACCUACAAAAUGAGCACUGAUGAAAAACUGCAAUUGGCAAUCGAAGCAAUUUAGUUGUUGAGUGGGAUAUUGAAAUCGAAGGGGAUUUGCGAUUCUGCAGAAACGCAACAGAUAGAUUCGAUAUUGAAUAAAUUAAAUGAAAGAGAUAGUUAUAAAUAACCCACAAUGAAGUUUUCUUAGUUUAAUGACACAGAAACCUUUAUCAGUAAGGAGGCAGCUGAGAUCUUGAGGGAAUUCAAGGAGAAGUAGAGAUCAGAGUACUUAAGGUGA